AUGUAUUCAUCUUCCUCCUCCUCCUCCUCAAACCCCCGAUGGAUUCACGACGUCUUCAUCAACUUCAGAGGCGAAGACACUCGCAGAACCUUCGUCUCCCAUCUCUACGCCGUCCUCUCAAACGCCGGAAUCAACACUUUCCUCGACAACGAGAAGCUCGAAAAAGGCGAGGACAUUCGAAACGAACUAGUUCAAUCGAUUGGAGUAUCGCGCAUAUCAAUCGUCGUUUUCUCCAAAGGCUACACCGAAUCUAGUUGGUGUUUAAACGAAUUGGAUAAGAUCAUGGAGUGUCGUAGAACUCUAGGUCAAGUCGUUUUGCCUGUGUUUUAUGAUGUUGAGCCUUCUGUUGUUCGCCAUCAGAAAGGGGAGUUUGGUAAAGCUUUGGAAGUUAGUGCUAAGAGUCGAUAUAUAAUUGAGGAAGUGAUGCAGAAGGUUUUGACUAGAUGGAAAAAGGUCUUGACUGACGCUUCCUAUUUAUCUGGUUGGGAAGGAAGCGCUUUCAGGAGUGACCGUGAAUUAGUAAAGAAAAUUGUUGAUGCCAUUUUGCCAAAACUAGACAACACAUCCUUGCCGAUUACUGACUUUCCAGUUGGAUUAGAGUUCCAUGUGAAACAAGUGGUUCAGUUGAUUAAGAAACAACCGAGCGAUGUUUGUAUGGUAGGGAUCUGGGGCAUGGGAGGAUCGGGUAAAACAACUGUAGCCAAAGCCAUAUACAAUCAAAUUCAUCGUACAUUUGAUUGUAUAAGUUUCAUUGAGAAUAUUAGAGAAGUUUGUGAACACGAUAGUAGAGGGCACAUUCAUUUACAACAACAACUUCUUUCGGAUGUCCUUAAAACAAAGGAGAAGAUACAUAGUAUUGCGUCGGGGACAACUAGGAUCCAAAAAGUGCUUUCCGGAAAAAAAUCACUUGUUGUACUUGAUGAUGUGACAGAUUUUCAGCAAAUAAAAGCCCUGUGUGGAAAUCAUAAAAGUUUUGGUUCUGGAAGUGUAUUAAUUGUUACAACCAGGGAUGUCCACAUACUUAAGUUACUUAAAGUUUCUGUCUAUGAAAUGAAGGAAAUGCACAAAAAUGAGUCUCUUGAGCUUUUUUGUUGGCAUGCUUUUAGACUAGCAAGUCCGAGAGGAGGCUAUAGUGAGCUCUCAAGAAAUGUGGUUGCUUAUUGUGGAGGGUUACCGCUGGCUCUUGAAGUCCUUGGAUCCUACUUAUUUGAGAGGUCAAAACAAGAAUGGAUAAGUGUACUAUCAAAGUUAGAAAGAAUUCCCAAUGAUCAAGUGCAUGAGAAACUGAGAAUAAGCUAUGAUGGUUUGAAGGAUGACAUGGAAAAGGAUAUAUUUCUCGACAUAUGUUGUUUCUUUAUCGGUAAGGACAGAGCCUAUGUUACAGAGAUACUAAAUGGCUGUGGACUUUAUGCUGAUAUUGGAAUAGCUGUCCUCAUUGAUCGGAGUCUCCUAAAAGUUGAGAAGAAUAACAAGCUUGGAAUGCAUGAUUUAAUAAGAGACAUGGGAAGAGAAAUUGUCCGCGGAAUUUCUGCUAGAGAGCCUGGGAAGCGUAGUCGGUUGUGGUUUCACGAAGAUGUACACGAUGUUUUGGAAAAAAAUACUGGAACAGAAACUGUUGAGGCAUUGAUUUUGAACUUGCAAAGAACAGGAAGAGUUAGCUACAGUACCAAUGCUUUUCAAGACAUGCAGAAACUGAGACUUUUACAACUUGAUCGUGUUGACCUCACUGGAGAUUUUGGUAAUUUUUCCAAACAACUGAGAUGGGUCAAUUGGCAACGACCUGCCUUCAACUUUGUACCCAACGGCUUUGAUCAGGGAAAUCUCGUUGUUUUUGAAUUAAAACAUAGCAAUGUUAACCAAGUUUGGAAGGAAGCCAAGUUGUUGCAGAAGCUAAAAGUUCUCAAUCUCAGUCAUUCUAGGCACUUGAAAAGCACCCCUGACUUUUCAAAAUUACCGAAUCUAGAAAAGCUCAUUAUGAAGGAUUGUCAAAGUUUAUCCAACGUACACCCGUCCAUUGGAGAUCUCAAGAAUCUCCUUCUCAUAAACUUGAAGGACUGUACAAGUCUUGGCUAUCUUCCAAAAGAGAUCUAUCAAUUGAGAUCUGUAAUAACUCUCAUCUUUUCUGGUUGCUCAAAGAUUAACAAAUUGGAAGAAGAUAUAGGGCAAAUGGAAUCCUUGACAACUCUAAUUGCAGCAAAUACUGGUGUCAAACAAGUUCCCCAUUCAAUAGUAAGAUCAAAAAGCAUUGGAUAUAUAUCCCUAUGUGGAUAUGAAGGUUUAUCGCGUGAUAUUUUUCCUGCUAUCAUUUGGUCUUUGACGUCACCAACGAUGAAUUCCUUAGCACAUAUUCCCCCUUUCGGUGGCAUGUCAAUGUCUCUUGUUUCCUUGGAUAUAGAUGGUAAAAAUUUUGGUUUGGUCAAUCAAUCAGCAAUUCUUAGCAGCAGCUCAGAACUUAGAAGAAUUUGUGUACAAUGUCACUCAGAGAUUCAACUGAAAGAAGAAUUAAGAAGAUUUCUGUAUGAUCUUACUGAGUUGGAAACAUCACAUACUUCACAAACCUCGGAUCUUUUCUUUAAAUCUGUUUUGUUUGGAAUGGGAAGUUGCCAAAUAAUGAAUGAGACUCUUGGCAAGAGCUUAUCGCAGGGAUUGACAACCAAUAAGUCUAGUGCUUCUUUCCUUCCGAGAAACAAUUUACCCGCUCGGUUAGUAUAUACAUCUGAAGGACCUUCAAUAUACAAGAGAGACACAAUAAUGUCCUUUAAUGAUGAAGAUUGGAAGGGUGUACUAUCAAAUUUAGGAGUUGGUGAAGAUGUAGAGAUUUAUGUAGCUUUUGGGCAUGGAUUGACAGUUAAGGAGACUACUGUCUAUCUAAUAUAUGGUGAGUCAACUGUCAUGGAAAAUGAGCCAUCAAUUACUGUGGAAGUUGAACCAAUACCUGAAGUGGAGGUGCAACCGUCACCUGAUGUGAAAACAGAGCCAUCACCUGGAGUGGAAGCACAACGAUCGCCUGAUGUGAAGAUGGAGUCACCACUUACUGUCAAGAAUGAGCCAUUACCGAAGCCAAAUGAAAAAUUCUUUGCAAGACUUGCAAAGAGAGUGGGCGGAUGUUUAUGCUUGAACCAUAAUUGA